GCUAUUGCAUAUGUCUCAUAAUGCAUAACGUUUUGGCGGUCCCAACGGUAUGCAUUAUGAGCAUUUCAACUGUACUGAGUACUCUGAGCAACUGAAUCCAACCCACAUUCUUUGACCGUCCGUCAUUCACGACACCGCUAAUUGAAUGAACCUGGGGCACCGUGGUCAGGGGAAGGCGACUUUACCAGCCGAUUUAACACCCUUCAUCACUCGAACAACUCAAGACCACAUUUGCGGAGGUGGAUUUGGUGAUGUCUGGAAAUGCAAUUACAAUGCAAAUGGUAUUUCAGCCAUCGUUGCAGUCAAGGCCUUUAGAUACCCAGAGCAAUGUGAAGAUUCAGAGAGAAUACACAGGAAAAUUAACAGAGAAAUCGGCAUUUUGACGAUUUUACGCCAUAACAACAUUGUACCGUUGUUGGGUACAGUGACAGGAUUUGGACGGAAGCCAGGGUUGCCCAGCUUGGUAACUCCGUGGAUUCCAAACGGCACGUUGAAUGCCUACCUUGCAUCUAAACGCAAGCAUCUAACAGUGCUGGACCGUUCACGUAUGCUAGAGGACGUCAGUGCUGGACUGCGUUACUUGCACUCUGUGCCUGUCGUGCAUGGGGAUAUAACAGGGGCAAAUAUACUAAUUGACGAGGGAGGCCGGGCGAAGCUAAUCGAUUUUGGCCUUUCCACCGUUGUCGCGCCCCUUUUCGGCCAGUCACACUUGGCUGCAACAUCGAUACAUCCAGGCGCAAUCCACUAUGCAGCACCAGAACUUCUAUCAGAUGAUGUCAAUGUCAAUGGUCUACCUUUGGAAAAAACCGACAUCUACUCGUUUGGUUGUGUAAUGCUUCAAAUUCUCUCGGGUCAGCACCCUUGGUCUGAGAUCAGGUGUCAAACCCCGGAAUUCCGUGUCUAUGGUUUGAAACGCCAAGGUCAUAGUCCGCAGCGCCCAAACGGCCAUCCUGCAAUAAUGGACUCAGAUUGGGACAUGAUUCAAAAAUGUCUGCAAUCAAAAUUUGAACUUCGGCCUUCAGCAGAUGAAGUAUUCGACUUCGUCACGCGUAGGCCUUGCUCAUCAGAUUCUUCGAGUCUACCUAACGAUUCUGGAGCUUCCCCGCACAAUAAUUCCAACGGUAUAACAAAACACCUGUUCAAUAGUCUACGAUCCCACCCUGAUCAUGAGCCGGCGAAUGGAAUUAUAGAGCCUGGAGCUCAGAUAUCUUUGUAGGUCCAGAACUGCACAGAUUCACAAGUUUUGAUAUUCAUUUUUUCAGUCCUUCACCACCCAACACUGAUUCUUCGCCAUUGUUUCAGAGUGUCAGUACUCAUCCUACCACGGCGUUCGACAGUGAUUCUCUUCGAUCGACUAGCAACCCAGGACAUGAACAGAAACAACCGGCACCACCGGCACCGCCACCUCCAAACUCAUGGUCGAGCAACCACGAAGUACGUGCUUCUCGAGAGACACAACACCAUAAAGAGAGGUUACUGAUUGAAUA